AUGUCCAGCGUUUCUUCACCCCAUCGUGUGCGGUUUGCAUCCCCGGAGUUGUUACAUGAGCAACCGUCCUUGAAGACUACUCAACAUACUCCGCUUAAAUCAGGGAGGGAAGCGACACCUCCUAUUUAUUCACAUACUCCUCCACCUGUGUUGGAAGAUGAUAAAACAGCUGCAUAUGAACCCACGCCACCCGCACAUGAACAGUCACCACUGCCUCCUCCAAAGGUGAAGAUGUCCCUAAAGGACUUUGCUCUGCGCAAGAAGAAGCAACGGGAAGAAAUGGCGAAGGAGCGGGAAUGUGAGUCGCCUGGUGGGUUGAGCAUGGGGUUGCUAGAGGAGAGCGGGGACGAAGGGAUACAUGUGGAUGAUGAUGGUGCAGAUGAGCGGCUGGGGAGGGAUUCUGAGGGCACAGACCAUGAGCGUGAUUUGGAAGGGGUGAAGGACGAACCUGACACUUCUUUCACCAUGCAGAACGUAGUGGACUGCGUGCUGGAAGAUUCACCUGCUGAGAGUCAGCGACGCUGUGAAUCCGAACCACGAGGCGCUACUCCAUACCCGCCGAGGUCUCCCGUCGUAUCCCUGAGAUCUGUUCGUAGCAUGGAUAAUGCUCAUCCCAACGGCCAACUUGCAGAUCCCACGUCUCUUGUGGCCAAGGUCGAGAUAUCGGAGACUUCUAUACCCAAUGGACUUGUGGGUGCCUAUGAUAGGACAUCACCAUCUGCGCCGGACCCGCCUCCACCUCCAUUGCACCAGCAGAUCAAGGGUACAGAAAAACACUCGUCAUCACCCAAAACUUUUUCGUCACCCCUACCCCCUUCCGCUCCGGCUUCCUAUUCUCUUAGACCCUCUCACGAAGAUGGAGAAAUCACAAGCGUCUCUCCUCCAAAGUCGUCGCAUUUCUUCCCCCGAUCUUACACACCUCCAACCCAGCCCCGCUCAUUUCAGACCUCACAUCCCUUGUCUCCUAAUUUUACCCAUACCACAUCCACACCCACCCCGUCAGCUUCCUGGCGCGGCCCACCUCCACCGACAAGAGCACCCUUAUCUAACACUCCUUCCUCGAACGGCCCUCCGCGCCCCUUACCCAGUGGGCCACGGGCACUGAGAGUUAGUCAAUCAUCCCAUCCACCAACAUAUUCUUCUCCCAGUAGCCGCGUGUACAGCGGUUCGCAAUACAUUCCUCGUGGACCGUCUGCUGAUCGUGAUCGUCAUGACCGUGAUCGUCUUGAUUGGGAACGAGAACGCGGGUGGGCGCCACGACCGAGGGGACGUACGGGUAGCAGUGGUUGGGGUCGAUAA